AUGGAGAAGGCAUAUUUGACAAGAAACAAGAAUAGCAAGUGGGACUGUAACAGCUCCAGCUUGGAAGGUGACCAUUCAUGUUGUUGUGGGUUAACGUGGCCUCCAAAAUAUUAUACAUGUAGCUUUUGCAAGAGAGAAUUCAGGUCAGCUCAAGCUCUUGGAGGUCAUAUGAAUGUUCAUAGGAAGGACAGAGCCAGGUUGAGAUUGUUAUCUUCUUGGGCUUUAGAAUGUCAGAACCCUGAACCCAACUCUAUGCCUAACCCUAGUUCUUCACCAAUAUCUUUAUCCUCUCAUUCUGUUAACUUCUCACUCUAUCCCCAUCAUUCUUUGCUUUCUCCAUUACUCAGUGCUCCUUCGUCUUCACCACCACCAUAUAGGAAAAACCUGAGAAAGUCUUUGAUCCCUCAACUUGGAGGUUUGUCAAAAGAGAAGACGAUGACACCUUUUCUCGGGGUUGAAAAACUGAAGAGGCAUGCACAAAAAUAUGAGCUUGAGGUUGGUGGGGUAACUGGCGUAGACUUGGAGAGUGAGUUCAAAGAUUCAAAGGAGGUUUUGGAUUUGGAGCUUCGACUCGGGUAUUUCUCGGUCCAAUCGGCCUUCCGACUUUAA